ACCCGAGCUGGGCAGCGAGAGCUGGAGGCUGAAGGAGGCAGCGGGAGGGGUCCAGACGGCUGCUUGAGCGGCGGCCGCAGCUGCAGCAGGUCGGCCCGCUGGCGGCUCGGGCGGAGCGCGGGGAACCUCGAGGGGCGGGCGGGCGCCGCACCCCCUGCUUGGCCGCCUGCGCCCCGGGAGGCCGCCGGCGCGCCACGGGACCAGCAGCAUGAGCAGCGGUUACAGCAGCCUCGAGGAGGACGCCGAGGACUUCUUCUUCACCGCGAGGACCUCGUUCUUCAGGAGAGCUCCUCAGGGCAAGCUCCGCUCGGGCCAGCAAGAUGUGGAGAAAGAGAAGGAAAUUCACAAUUACCUCAGCAGAGAGGAAAUCAAAGAGAAAGUUCAUAAAUACAAUUCAGCUGUCACAGACAAAUUAAAGAUGACCUUGAAUUCAAAUGGGAUUUACACUGGCUUCAUUAAAGUGCAGAUGGAACUCUGCAAACCUUCCCAGACUCCUCCCAACCCUGGGAAACUCUCACCCAGUAGCAACGGCUGUAUGAACACACUUCACAUCAGCAGCACAAACACCGUGGGAGAAGUGAUUGAGGCCCUGCUCAAGAAGUUUCUCGUGACUGAGAGCCCGGCCAAGUUUGCACUUUAUAAGCGUUGUCACAGAGAAGACCAAGUGUAUGCCUGUAAGCUCUCAGAACGGGAACACCCACUCUACCUGCGUUUGGUUGCAGGGCCCAGAACGGACACACUUAGUUUUGUUCUUCGUGAACAUGAAAUUGGAGAGUGGGAAGCUUUCAGUCUUCCGGAACUACAGAACUUCUUGCGCAUCUUGGACAAGGAAGAAGAUGAACAGCUGCAGAGCCUGAAGAGGCGCUAUUCAGCCUACAGACAGAAGUUAGAGGAAGCCCUCAGCGAGGGGAAGCCUGGCUAACCAGGGCUCCCUGCCAGGAAGGCAAGGCUCAGGACAUGAACAAAAGAGCAACACCUGCCUCUCUUCUCAGAGAGCCGUUUCCAUGCCCUGUGAUGCUGGGGUCUUCCCCUUUUCUCUCUAGAUGUAGUUCUCAAAGCCUGGUCACGCAGCAUCCUGCACCUCAUGGUGUGAGGGACUCUGCAAGCUUGUUCUGUUAGAGCAUGGCGGCAUUACCUCUUGCAAACUGUGAACCUGUGGUCAUCAGGAGCAUUCUAGAGUGCUUGGAAGCAUGAACUUUCCUUAUUUUCUUCUAGUUAUUUUAAUUAUGUGAUGAUGUUAAGCAUCAGGAUGUGCAAACCAGUUUUUCAAAGCUUACUGAAGAAUCUCUGGAUACUUGUCCUACAUUGGAACUGCCUGUCUGGUUUUUGUUUUCUGUCGGAGAAUCUAUCCAUGUGCAUGCAAAGGCAUAGGAAUUUAGGAACUCUGGGGGAUGUGGGAAGGAUUUUGUAAGAGUUUUGAAAAAGAAAGUAAAAAGCAAGUUUGGAAAAAGGUCAGUGGGGAGGUGAGAGCCCAGGGCUCGGGAAGGUGGUAUGACUUGUGAGUUGGUGAUAGAGGAGAAAGGUGAAUCUGCUUGUAAACGAGUUGAAAGCAUUCAGUAUUGAUGUUGAACCAUUUUAGGAUUGCAUGAUUCGCUAGUGGGUAAAACAUGGGGUCAGAGCCAAAGAGAGAGAAGCUAAGCCCAAAGGAGGGAUCAGUGGACUCUGCAGCUAACUUGAAGUGGAUCUUAAACUUUGAUGGAGGUGGGCCAGAGCUGCCUGACCCCUAUGUGCAUCAGGUCCCCAACUCUGCCCAUCUGGAGUGGACAGUCUUCUUGGAGGACCUUCUUUAUGUUGGUGGAGCCUGACCAUUUGCUGAUUCCUCUUAAGUCGCAUGUCAUCUUUUUCCCUCAGAGGUGGUUUUCAGAGUUGAAAAGGAGUUUUGAGUAAGGGAAGCUGUUUUUCCCUCAGUUGUUAGCUAGGAGAUGUAUGAAGUCAAGGGUUCACAGCAAACUUUGUGACAAUCACUCCCUUCCCUUUUAUUCUACCCUUCUUUUUCCUUGUCUUCCCUCUUUUGGGGACACUAGAGGGGCUUCCUUCCCAUCUCCCUUCCCUUCCUUUCCCUGUUCCCUCUCCUAAGCUAAGGUCUGUUCUCAGAAGUAGAGAACAAGGAUGUUGAUUAAAGACACAAUCCUACCACAUCCUCACUUCUAAGAGACUUGACUGAGAAGGCCCCAAGGAAGGAGGAAAGUCCACACCCGGCUGACCACACAACAGGUGUUCAUUAUGGAACUAUUUUAACAAAAGUGUGUGUUCCUUCUAACCAAAGAUGCAUGUGCAAUAGAAGCCUCCCUUAAAAUAGGCUCAGUAACCUCAUUUUCUGCAGCAGGUCACAAGUCUGAGAACAGAAGGUUGUGCUGUGGUUCCAGAGGGGCCUUACAGUCAGUCAGUUUCUAGUCUAGAUAUAUUUUGUUGUUGUUUAUGAAUUCCCAGGGAAUUGUUAACACUUGGUGACACCUCAUGGAUUCUUUUUGAAAUUCCAAGGUGCUUCAGUUCUUUGCCUUGCUAUGAACCGUGCCUUUGAUUGCCUGUCUGUUCCCUUUUGGUGGCUCUUCUGACUUUUCAGAGACUCAUCCUGUGGGAGGCAGGCUGAAGUGUCAGUUAUGUAAUACAAGCUAGUGAGAGGAUCACAUCUCCCAAGCUUUUAAGGAAAGUUGAAGAAAAAUAAAAGUAGAACUUGCUAUAAAAUAUGUAUGUGUGGCACAUCUUGUUUAAUUUUGCAUGUAAUAUCUUUGUAGUGCAUUGAUGAGGUUUCAGUGAUGUUGUCACCCAACACUUAGCCUUUAUUGUUCAGGGAAUGCCUUCAUGGUUUUGUUCUGGUUUUGCUGUUCAGACUGUGGCUUGGGUUUGAGUAUACUGUUAUCAACCACCUGGUCUUUUAAUUACUCAUCCCAGUAAACUUAGAGUUUGUGAAGCAUUUGUUUCUCAGAUUAUGACACUGUUAGAACCUAAAGUAGCAGCCAAUGGGUAGCUGUGAAAUUUUUUUUUUUUUUUACUUGAAGUAGAUUGUUUGAAGCAGGCAUCCUCAUCUGUUCAUCCAGAACCUCACUCGCUGUCAUGUGCACUACAGGUUGAUUUGGAAAACUUUACUGUAUCGAAGACCUGUCAGUUUAUGGCUCCCAAAGACUGAUGUUCUCUCUCAAACACUGGUUACUGAGGCAGCAUUUUUAAUGUGUAAAAGAAAAAGGGGCCACAGAGGCCAAAGAUUAAAAGAGAAACCAUUGUACAAAUCCUUAUGUAAAAUGAAACUAAGCUUUGCUGUAAUACUGUUUUCUCUUCAAAAUGUGAUGGUACAGGAUGGUGUUAAAUGAAGGGUGGUGUUGUAGGAAGAAUUUUAGAUCUAGAAGUAAAAAGUUUUAUUUAUAAUAUGGAUGAGUUUAAGUUUUAUUUUUAUUGGGAAGAUUUUUCUCCCCUGAAAUUGUUUCUGGAAUGGCAAAAUUGCUUCCAUUAUUAAAAAUUGAAGUUGUUAGUUGA